AUGGAUUAUAGCGAAUAUAUUCCGGGUCACUUACCUUUAAUUAUUUCAGUUCCUCAUGGUGGUCGAAUAUUUCCUCCUGAAAUACCUGAUAGAAAAAAAAACCAUCCAAGUGUUGUAAAAUCUAAUGAUCUUAAUACUCAAGCAAUUGGUAGAGAGCUUGCUGAUAAAAUAAAAUUAUAUUUUAAAGGAAUGAGACCUUAUUUAGUCAUUAAUCAUCUUGGGAGAAGUAAAAUUGAUGUUAAUAGACCGAUAAAGGAAGGUGUCGAAGGGAAAGAUACAUUGGUUGCUUGGAAUGAUUAUCAUAAUUUUAUGCAAACCGCUAUUAAAGAUGUUGAAAUAAAUUUUGGUCAUGGACUUUUAAUCGAUAUUCAUGGUCAUAGUCAUCCUGAACAUUUUGUUGAGAUAGGUUAUGUCCUUUCGGCUGAAACUCUUUCAUUCCCAACCUCACAAAUCAAUAAACCUGAGAUUUAUUCUGGAUCAAGUAUUCGUGCUCUAUAUACUAGAAAAUCGAGUAACAUCCGAUUUUCUGACUUACUUUACGGUAAAACUACUUCACUCGGUGGUCGUUUACAAUCCCAUGGUUAUGAGACUGUUCCAUCACAUAUUCAUCAACACCCACUUAACGACGAAAAAUAUUUUCAUGGUGGUUAUUGUGUACGAAAAUAUGGUUCACAGCAUGGUGAACAUGUUAUUGAUGCUAUACAAAUUGAAUUACCAAGAACUUUACGAGUUGGGAAUAAGGAAAAGCGAAGCAAUUUUAUAUUAGCAUUAUCAGAAAGCAUUGCUUGGUUUUUAAAAGAGUAUUACGGAUAA